AUGCUCGUAAACCUCUUGCCAGCUGGUCUGGUUAUGAUUGCAACCCGUCGCGCUAUGGCGUCAGAUCAAAACGUUGGACAUGGUUACAACUUCUUUCAAUAUACCGUACAAGAUGUUAUGGAAAAAUUGGCCGGCACUCUCGAAUCUGGUUACGAAGAGGGACUUUCUGCUGUUCAACUAGAGUCAUACGAAGAAGAUUUCUUGUUGCCAUUUAGCAUUGAUGAACCUUCAAGAACACUGUUCAAGUACAGCAAUAGUCUCGAGAAGAUUGUUCCAAUUCUUAACAUCGCCAAGGAAGCACAGAACCAGCCAAUUCCAACCAAUGACUGGUGGUGCAAUCUCAUUCACGUCACACCUAUUUCAAAUGAGUCCAACUAUCCUGCGUGGUCGAAUCCAUACGCUGUCAAGCUGCCUCGCGAGGUGCCGUAUGGACUCCAAAUAUUUUACCCGUACACGCACCGGGUCAUUGAACCACCAACAAACAAUACUUUUAAACGAUAUAAUCACACAUACCACAAUGACCUGACGCUGUCUUCUGAAGAAUUUUUUAUCGAACAACCUGUGUACGAGAUUUUUGAAUGGGACGAGGGAGGUGCCAAAUUACGAUUGUGUGACGUUUCCAGCGGCAAGUGCAUGGAUUCGGCAUUAAUCCAAGACAAGCUGAAGGGAAGGAGUCGACCAGAGAGGCUUGAGUAG